AUGUAUGCCGACUUGGAAGAGGCCCGUACUCGACGUGGCGCGCGUCGCCCAUCGCGAAGCUCUGAUCUGGAGAUCGAAAAGAGCGCAAGAUCCAGCUACGACGACAAAGGGCCACGAUCAAGGGAAAAGGAGUUGGCAGAGCAGCUCCGCAAGCGAGCUCAGGCCUCGCGUUCUAUAGGUACAACUGGCGAUACUUCUCGAGGCCGAAAGCGCUCUUCAUCCGUGUCGAGUCGUUCUUCGUGCGCCUCUUCACCAGCUCGUUCCGACGCUCGUAGUCGCAGUCGCAGCAGGGACAGCGCACGUAGCAGGAGAAGUCAUCUCUCAAGGAAAAGCUCCUCACGAGCCGACGAAGAAGCGGAGGAGCGUAGAAAAAGACGCAGAGGACAAGACUUGCAUCUUCGAGACCGGGACCGAGACCGCCGAGACGACGAUGAUGACGAGCGUGCCCGUGAACGUCGUCGUCGCCGUACCGACAGACGCGAAGACUCUGCAGCUGUCGAUGACCGCCGGCCUAGUCCUGCCCCUUCAACCAGCCGCAGCCACCGAGACCGGUACGAUUCUUACUACGAUGACCGAGGCUAUGACCGCGCAGCCGAUCGUAGUCAACAACGACGCCGCAGACGCUACGACGAUGACGCUCGUCGCGCUGCACCAAGGCGCCGCAGUCGUUACGACAGUCCAGCGGGUUCAAUUCGAUCUCGUCGCAGCCCUAGCCCCGAGAUUGACGAUUAUGAAGAGCGCUCCGUCUUUUGUAGUCAGCUGUCAGCCAGGCUGGGUCAGCGCGAUCUCGGUGAGUUCUUCGAGGAUCACCUCGGCGAGGGCGCGGUUCAGGAUGUGCGCAUUGUCAUGGACCGCGUCACGCACCGCAGUAAGGGUGUCGGUUACGUCGAGUUUGCUGCGCGCGAGCUGGUGCCAAAAGCGAUUGAGCUUACGGGCAAGAUUGUCUUUGGCAUCCCCAUCGUCGUUCAGCGCACCGAUGCCGCUCGCAGCAAUGGUGGCGCCCCCCGGGGCCCCGGUGAUGUCUCCAAUCAUCCUGGUAUGGCACCCCAUCCAGCUGUCGCAGCCACCCAGCUGGAUGCUCGCGUUUUGGCGAAUGCCCCUCUGCCCAUGCAGUACCAUAUGGCCGGGGCUCCUAUUCAUCUUGAGGCUGCGCUCCGUCCGCCUCGCGCCCUUCGUCCGGGGCCCAACAUGCCCAACACCGAGGCGCGACUCUACGUUGGCAGCUUGCACUUCAGUCUCACGGAUGAGGCCGUCAAAACCGUCUUUGAGCCGUUCGGCGAGAUCGAAUACGUGGAUCUGCACCGUGAGCCGGAAACCGGCAAGAGCAAAGGCUUCUGCUUUAUCCAGUUCAAGAAGGCUGAAGACGCUAAGAAGGCGCUUGAGCAGAUGAAUGGUUUUGUGUUAGCGGACAGGGCCAUCAGGGUCGGCAACGUCAACGCCAAAGGAUCCGGUGGCGGGUCUUCGCACACAAAUGGAUCGGCGCAGGACUUUCAAGGUGGCGGUCACCUCCCGCAGCUCACCUCGUCGUUUGACGACGGCGGAGGCGCCGGUCUCAACCCGGAGCGACGCGCCGCCUUGAUGGAGAAACUGGCGCGUCACAACGAGCCAUCGCCGGCGGCUUCUGAGGCUACGACGACCGUGCAAGAGCGACCGGCUGGCAUCCCCGAGUCGACUUCGACUUCACUUCUUCUCAAGAACAUGUUCGAUCCAGCAGAGGAGACGGAACCAAAUUGGGACACGGACCUUGCCGAGGACGUCAAAGAAGAGUGUCAGGCCAAGUAUGGACCCGUAACGAGCAUCCAUGUCGAGAAAGACUCUGCAGGCGAAAUUUACGUCACCUUUGCUAACCUUGACGCUUCCAGGAAAGCUCUCGACGGCCUCAACGGACGAUUCUUUGGCGGUAAGCCAAUCAGCGCGCAGUACAUUCCCGACGCUUUCGUUCAGGCAAAGUUGGGCUGA